AAUGGUCUGCGAUUUGUACGCUGCCAUCAAGAAUGGCUUGGAUUGGAUGGCGAGACUACAAGUGGCCAUCGAUGUGAUACACGGUAUUCGUUACCUUCACGGCCAGGGAUUAGUUCACAGAGAUAUCAAACUGAAGAACGUUUUGCUGGACAACAAGAAUAGGGCGAAGAUUACAGAUCUGGGCUUUUGUAAGCCGGAGGCCAUGAUGUCGGGCUCAAUAGUGGGCACUCCCAUACAUAUGGCGCCCGAACUGUUCUCCGGCCGUUACGACGGAAUGGUCGACGUCUACGCGUUUGGUAUACUCUUCUGGUAUAUAUGUGCCGGACAUGUGAGGCUUCCCUACGUCUUCGAACAGUGCCAAAGCAAAGAUCAAUUGUGGACAGUAGUCAAGAAAGGCGCUCGACCGGAAAGACUGCCCCAUUUCGAUGACGACUGUUGGUCACUGAUGGAGCAGUGCUGGAACGGCGACCCAACACUUCGCCCACUGCUCGGCAACGUCGAGGAGGAGCUCAACAAAGUGCAGGAGCACUAUCGAGUCAGUCAACCGCCCGCCGGCUAUGACAAGACUUUCAUGCGAACCAAAGUGGUCAAGAUUAAAACAAAAAAUUAGAUUUUAUUUUAUUUAUGUAAUUUUAUAUGUAGUUAUUUUAUAUGGCAUUUCAAAAUCGGAUAAUAAAGUGUUAUUUUUAUUAUAAAUA